AUGCUGGGGGCCAUAGGGGACAAUGACGUUUGCCCCAAGGACAAUCCGUCCUAUGUGUGCAACAAGAAAACCAGCUGCAAGAGCUGUGCUGUGGACCAGAACUGUCAGUGGGAACCUCGCAACCAGGAGUGCAUCUCACUGCCAGAAAACGUGUGCGGUGAAAGCUGGCAUCUGGUGGGCAACUCGUGUCUGAAGUUCAUCACGGCCAAGGACUCGUACGACAACGCCAAGCUGGCCUGCCGCAGCCACAACGCCGUCCUGGCCUCGCUCACCACGCAGAAGAAGGUGGACUUUGUCCUGAAGGAGCUGCAAAUCAUGAGUGUAGUGUACAAGGCUACAGUGACUCCCUGGGUGGGGCUCAGGAAAAUCAACGUGUCUUACUGGUGCUGGGAGGACAUGUCGCCCUUCACCAACACCAGCCUGCAGUGGCUGCCCGGCGAGCCCAGCGACGCCGGCUUCUGUGGCUACCUGGCCGAGCCGGCGUCCAGCGGACUGAAGGCCCAAACCUGCAUCAACCCAGUGAACGGCAGCCUGUGUGAACGCUCAGCCAACCACAGUGCCAAGCCGUGCCGGACCCCGUGCGCCAUGAGGAGCACCUGCAGCGAAUGCACCAGCAGCAGCUCGGAGUGCAUGUGGUGCAGCAACAUGAAGCAGUGCGUCGACUCCAACGCCUACGUGGCCUCCUUCCCCUUCGGGCAGUGUAUGGAGUGGUACACCAUGAACUCUUGUCCACCGGAGAACUGCUCCGGGUACAGGACAUGUGGCCAGUGUCUGGACCAGCCGGGCUGCGGCUGGUGCACCGACCCCAGCAACACGGGCAAAGGUCAGUGCAUCGAGGGCUCGUACCGCGGGCCCUUCCAGACCUCGGUCCCGGCCCCAUCCACCCUCCCCGGCCUGCCCGCCAUCCCCCCCCAGCCGGCCCUCAAUGCCAGCAUGUGCCCUAGCGAGGCCAAAUACAACUGGUCCUUCAUCCACUGCCCAGCUUGUCAGUGUAACGGUCACAGCCAGUGUGUCAAUGAGAGCGUGUGCGAGAAGUGCGAGGACCUGACAACCGGCCGGCACUGCGAGAGCUGCAUCUCCGGCUUCUACGGGGAUCCCACCAACGGGGGCAGCUGCCAGCCCUGCAAGUGUAACGGCCACGCCAGCAUGUGCAACCCUAACAACGGCAAGUGCUUCUGCACCACUAAGGGCAUCAAAGGGGAUCGCUGCCACCUGUGUGAAGUCGAGAAUCGUUACCAAGGCAACCCUCUCAAAGGAACAUGCUACUACACGCUUCUCAUCGACUACCAGUUCACCUUCAGCCUGUCGCAGGAGGACGACCGCUACUACACCGCCAUCAACUUCGUGGCCACACCUGAGGAGCCAAACCGGGACCUAGACAUGUUCAUAAAUGCCUCAAAGAACUUCAACCUGAACAUAACCUGGGCCACUAGCUUCACCGCAGGCACCCAGACCGGGGAGGAGAUCCCGAUCGUCUCUCGGAGCAACAUCAAGGAGUUCAAGGACAGCUUCUCCAACGAGAACUUUGAUUUCCGCAACAGCCCUAACAUAACCUUCUUUGUCUACGUCAGCAACUUCACGUGGCCCAUUAAGAUUCAAAUCGCCUUCUCGCAGCACAGUAACUUCAUGGAUCUGGUGCAGUUCUUUGUCACGUUCUUCAGCUGCUUCCUGUCCCUGCUCCUCGUGGCCGCCGUGGUUUGGAAGAUCAAACAAAGCUGCUGGGCGUCACGGCGACGAGAGCAACUGCUGAGGGAAAUGCAACAGAUGGCCAGCCGGCCUUUCGCCACCGUCAACGUUGCCUUGGAGACGGACGACGAGCCGCCCGACCUGAUAGGCGGAAACGUCAAGUCCGUCCCAAAACCCAUCGCCCUCGAGCCUUGCUUUGGCAACAAAGCCGCCGUGCUUUCCAUCUUUGUGCGGUUACCCAGGGGCACCGGCGGCAUCCCUCCUCCAGGACAGUCUGGUCUGGCAGUGGCGAGCGCGCUGGUGGACGUCUCCCAGCAGAUUGUGGGCUACAAGAGAAUUCUGGAGCCUGAGGAACCGCAAACAGCAGCCCACGCACAGCCAUCCACCUGUAUCUGACCAGGCCCCCCCCCCCCCCCCCCCCCCCCCCCCCGCCGUGUUCUCUUCUGCCACCCGACCACCCUAUGCUCUCCCAUCAGCACCCCGCUUCGGCCCCCUCCUUCAGAGACUCCCGCGAGCUCCGCUGUGGCAGGCAGAGGUGCAUGCUGGGAUGCAGGACUAGAACAUUUUGGUGAGGGGCCGAGCCGUCCGGUGGACUGGAGCCUCAGCGGGAUUCCCCUCCCUCUCCUCCUACGGGAACUAUGGCUCCCCGCGCACAGAAUGACCAAAACUGGACACAAAGUGGGGGAGGGAGGGAGGGAGGGAGGGAGGGACAGAGCGGGUGCGGACUUCAGCCCUUCCCCCUCAGAAAACAUUUUGCAUUUGUCGGCACCGCCUCGUUAGCGUCGAGGCGGCCGCGGCUUGCUGCUAGAAGAGAUCCUCGUCUCGUAGUUUUGAAAAAUCCAGAGACUUUGCAACCCUCUAUGUUUUUCAUUUUACUUAAGUUAUUGUUGUUUUUGUUGUUUUGUAUUGUUUUAUUUUGAAGGCAGGAACAUACUGGACAUUUUCAACUGCACACAAACACACAUAAACACAUACUCACACACACGCACACUUCAAGAACAAACAACCUUCCGGGCCCUUCUACCCAUUUGUAGUCCAUCGUCACCUGCUUUCACAUUUACAGCUCAGCACUGAGGGCGACUGUCACUGGAGGCUUGUACAGUUUGGCCAAAGAGCCUGUCACAUUUCUAAUCAGCCGCUGUGUCUUCUCCCCCUUUCUUCUCCGUGGCCUGUCUGAAGCUUUGACUCCGCUCCGGUCUCGCUCAGUCUCUUUGGCCAACUGGCUGCCGAGCCAACCACCUUUCCCGCCUCUCUGGCAGCAUGGCCGAGUACAAAACAAGACCACAGCGGCACCUUAUCCGCGCUGGCUUGCUGGCGGACAGCCAGGCUGGAUCGUAAGCCGGCGCCGAUUGAAACUUUUCCAGCCAAUUACUCCCUCAGUUGCGUAUGCACAGGCAUGGCUCUCACACAGACAGCCGAGCGGUCGGGGGUGAGAAAACCCUCCCGUGUGUGCCGAUUGUCCUUUUGGCAGCGCUGCGCCUCGAGCCCAUCUGAAACAGGCUUCCUAUGGAUCUUGUGACUCUGAUUGAAUGAAGUGAUUAGGCUGAUCUGCGAGAGGGGAGCCGGGGCAACGGUUCAGCAUCUUCUGUGAUCGUUGCCUAAGAAAUCCAUAGCAUCUAAUUGCCGCUCCCUUGUCCCCAAAUUCAACGCACAUCCCUCCCCCGGUGCCAGAAAUCCCCUUGCUGUCCUCUCUGCCGCUCGAUGCCGAUUGUUCCGUGUCCCUGAGCUAUCUACGGCUGCCCAGUUGGCCCCGCAGCAGUGACGUCUCUCUUCAUAUUGAUGCUACUUAACACAGUGGAGCUUCUAAUGCCCAACUUUUCAACUGUACCGGGCGGACAGCUCUGAACAUGAAGCACACACACAUACGUUAGCAGAGUAACCUUUGUGAAGCGCCACUUUUGAAUUGGCCACAUGUCAUGAAAGACCUCGGGUAUUGAUUCAA